AUGAUCAAAAUUCAGUAAAGUUUUUAUUUCGCUGUCAGGUGCCUGUCGGGCUUAGGUGUGUACGAGACGAUUACUGCCAGAUAAAUUGAAUAAAAAUGGGUUUCAUGUUCAAUAUUGAUGGUGGCUAUCUGGAAGGCCUGUGCCGUGGUUUCAAGUGCGGAAUUCUUAAACAAUCCGAUUAUUUAAAUCUUGUGCAAUGUGAAACUCUUGAAGAUUUGAAGCUGCACCUGGCAGGUACAGAUUAUGGCACCUUUUUAUCAAAUGAGCCUUCCCCCUUAUCUGUGUCUACCAUUGAUGACAAAUUACGUGAAAAAUUGGUUAUUGAAUUCCAACACAUGAGAAACCAUGCUGUCGAACCUCUGUCCACUUUCUUGGAUUUCAUAACCUACAGUUAUAUGAUUGACAAUAUCAUUUUGUUGAUCACUGGUACACUACAUCAGAGACCAAUUUCUGAAUUGAUUCCCAAAUGCCACCCACUUGGAAGUUUCGAACAAAUGGAGGCUAUUCAUGUAGCUGCCACCCCUGCAGAGUUAUACAAUGCUGUACUUGUGGAUACCCCACUUGCUCCAUUCUUUGUUGAUUGCAUUUCGGAACAGGAUCUUGAUGAAAUGAACAUUGAAAUUAUUCGUAACACUUUGUACAAAGCCUAUCUUGAGGCAUUUUAUGAGUUUUGCAAGGGACUUGGUGGAUCCACAGCUGAUACAAUGUGUGAAAUAUUAGCUUUUGAAGCUGACAGACGUGCCAUAAUCAUAACAAUCAACUCGUUUGGAACUGAAUUGAGCAAGGAUGAUCGUGCUAAAUUGUACCCCCGUUGUGGUAAACUAAACCCAGAUGGUUUAGCUGCUCUGGCUCGUGCUGAUGAUUAUGAGCAAGUUAAAGCUGUUGCUGAAUAUUAUGCUGAGUAUUCUGCUUUAUUCGAAGGCUCUGGCGAUGGUACCGGCGACAAAACACUUGAAGAUAAAUUCUUUGAACAUGAGGUUCAUCUCAAUGUGUUUGCUUUCUUGCAACAAUUCCAUUUCGGAGUAUUUUACUCUUAUUUGAAACUCAAGGAACAAGAGUGCCGUAACAUUGUUUGGAUAAGUGAGUGCGUUGCUCAAAAGCACAGGACCAAGAUUGACAACUACAUUCCAAUAUUUUAAUUAAUUUGUUGUUAAUUUUGAUAACGUUGAUUUUAUCCAGAUGUUUGUUGUGUACAAAGUAUUUAUCUCGGGCCAAACCAAUUGUAACAGUAUUUUGAAUUUCAUUUUAUGAUGAAGCCAGACCGGAUUUGGGCGCACAUGAGUUUCUAUAUAUAUAAAAUGAAUUACCGACAUAAUAUAGCCUAAUUAUCCUCAAUUUAGAAAUAUCAUUGAUUGUUAACUAUAUUUAGAAUAUAUUAUCGUUUUGUUGUA